AUGGCUGCAACCGAAGAUCAGGCCCAGGCCCGCGAGGAGCCCUGGUUCUUAAAAACAUCAUACCCUGUCCUUUUCCCCUCCCACGAUGCCCUGUUCAAAUCGCCAGCCGCCUUCGACAGCUAUCUUUCCGAUGAACUGCGGGGCGAAUAUGGGGUAAUGUCGCUAGAGUCCCUGGAAAUGGAAGACUCGAUGGACGGCAUCACUCUGGCCGGCGAAGAUAAGGAACCAUCCAAAACCGAUCGGAAAAAGGAUGACGAAGAGUUUCUGAACCGCAUGUUGACGGAGAACGCGGACGUCGCCUUUCGAUCUACCCAAAACGCACUGGUCGACCUCUUUUUUGAGCUGGAAGACGUCGUGUCUGGCCCUCGGCUGAAGGAGCUGCUCGACGCUGCCUGGGCCGUGCAUCCACUCAUUACUCUGAAAAUCAUCUUCAAUGCGCGCUCAAUACACCUGGGCAAGAGCUCAAAGAACGUCUUCUACCGUGCCGCUGGAUGGCUGGCAACGAACCACCCUCUCACACUGGUCGGCAACCUGAGAUGGCUCAGCCGACCGAUUAUCGAGAAGAAGGCCAGGAAGGAAGGUGAGAAUGACUCCGAUGAAGGGUUUAUCAAGGUGGAAAAGCGUGAAGGGGAUGAGAAUGCGGUGGAUCGGUAUGAUGUUCGGUAUGGUGUUUCGCAUGGCUACUGGAAGGACUUGCUGAAUAUCCUUGUUUUGGCGAUGGAGAAGAAGCUGGAUGUGCUUGAGAAUCCCAAGGAUGUUCUGAAUGUAGAAAACGAGGAUAUCAAGAACGCAGUUCUGGCAAGACGACAAAAGAAGCGUGGUGGUGUGAGCCCUUCGACGCGGGGAGCAAGGGGUGCUCGUGGCCGUGGUGGUCGAGCAACCAUCUCAGCAAGGCGAGCAGCAGCUAUCGAGGCCGCUCGACAACGGGCAAAAGCCAAGGAGAUGCGAGGGAAGCCGAACAGACACGUCCUGGAAGAGCCAACCGUGCGCAUUGGAAACCCCGAAUUCGCCCAGCAAGUCGCAGCUUUUGAGGAGGCCCAGGCAAGGGCUGAGGCUGCUCUACAUAGAGCGGAGAAGCGAGAACUAAAAGCUACGCAGACGACACAUGCCCUGGAGGAGAAAAUGGUGCAUAUUGGGAACCUCAAGUUGGCCAGGCAUCGGGAACGGGACGACCGUCAUGAGGCUUCCAUGGAUAGGUUCAACACCAAUGCCGUUUACCGAACCUUGCAUGUUACCGUUGCGCGGCUCUUUGCUGAGCAGCUUCACUCUGACCUAGCGGCCCUUCGGGAUUCUGAUCCCAAAGCCAAAAGGGGCAUCUCGCUCUGUGCAAAGUGGGCUCCAUCACAUGGCAACUUCCACGACAGACAUACUUGCAUCAUCAGCUCCAUCGCUGAGAUCCUGUAUCCCAGAGAGUCGCUCAGCAGCGCUGUCUCGGCGUCAGACAACCGGGAGGUAUAUCUCCGCCACGCACGGGAACAGUAUCGCAAGGACGUGUCUGCCCUGAGAAAGCACCUCGAGGUUGUGGAGCGGAAUAUCAGCGCCAGUACGUUUGAGAAGAUCAAGUAUGAGCGUGUGCCGUCUGUUGCGAUGAAGAACUACACCAGGCUCUUCAUCAGCAAGGAUUUCGAUCGCUUCCAAGAUUACAUUACCAAGGUUGCAGGCGGAAAGGCCAGCAUCUCGGGGGCUGUUUUGUUGCCUUCUACGCUGGUGCAGAGUGUAUCGACCGCCAUUGCUCCCGCAUCCGAUCUGAAACAUCUCAGUCAACAGGAGCUAAUCAAUCGCACCGUCAAGGAGAUUGAGGCAAAAGUUGCAGAUGGCCAGUGGAAGACGCUUGUUCAGCGGAUAAAGGACUCGGGCACUCUGUCUUCGUGCAUUGCGAUAUGCGAUGUGUCCGGAAGCAUGAGCAGUCCCGUCUUCAAAGACGGUACUACGCCCAUGCACUCUGCGGUUGGAUUGUCUCUUCUAGUCGCAGAGGUGACUGAGCAGCCGUUUGGCGGCAAGUUUAUAACGUUCCACUCGCAUCCCGAGAUGAAGUCUGUGGACCUGAGCAAAACCCUUCACGAGAAAGUUCGAGAUAUCAUGGGGUCGAGUUGGGGCAUGAACACGAAUUUCGUGGCUGUUUUCGAAAAUCUGAUUCUCCCCAUGGCCAUUGAAAAGGGGCUGAAGCAGGAGGACAUGGUGAAGCGCGUGUUUGUGUUUAGCGACAUGCAGUUUGACGCGGCGCAGACUGGCUACGACUACUACGAACCGCCUGAAAGUCGAGUGAGGUGGUCUUCUUCCUAUGAGAGGAUUAAGAAGAAGUACGAGGAGCACGGGUACGAACUGCCGGAGCUCGUGUUUUGGAAUCUUGCGGGUGGAAGAGCAGGUUAUCAUGGUACUGGUGGCGAUGAGACUGCGCCGAAGCCGGUGCUUGCGGGCGAGGCGGGCACGGCGUUGGUGAGCGGGUAUUCGCAGGGCAUGUUGAAGGUGUUUAUGGAUAAUGGAAUGUUUGAUGUGGAGGAAGAGGAGGAGGAGGAGGAGGAGGAGAGUAAGAAAGUGGAAGUGCAAGAUGAAGACGAGGAUGAGGAUAUGGUGGAGAUUACAGCUAAGCAGCCCGCGAAAAAGGCGAAGACGAACCCAUUGGCAGUGGUGAAGAAGGCGAUUUCUCACAAGGCGUAUGAUAUGCUACGAAUACUGGAUUAAGCAGAUGUUAAAAUAUCUCAAUGCAAUCAAUAUUAAUUCCACAUUAUGAUAUC